UAUUGACAUUCUUGCAUGUUGUAUACAAACUUCAGAAGUUUUUUAAAUUAGGAAAUACAAGAGUGGGCCAGAAAUCUUAAUUACUUCCAUCGAUAAUACAACUGUAUAAGGCAACGUGUAAGUGGACUAUGGGUUGUGGUCAGUCCCAGGUUGGGCCAGCAGUCAGUGAGGACAAGGCACCGCUUGACCGCCCCAAGCAGAAUGGCACAACAAAAACUAGCAAUCCAUCAGAUAGCAAGCAAAUAUCUUCUACAGACUCUAAUGCAAACAGGGCAGACUCCCAGACAAAUAAUCCAGUGCCGAGAUCAGUGGCAUUCACAUUAGAUUUAGACGGAAAGGAGACAAAUAAUGCACUGCUGGGACCUCCUCCACCAAGACUUAAGCGGCUGGACCCCCUCAAUGUUCCAAAACUGACAGCAAAUGAGCUUGCUGAGAAACAGCGCCUGGCUGAUGAGAAACGCGAGUCGGAACUGAAACGAAAGCAAAGUGCUUCCCUUAAAGCAUCUAGACGACGUAGACAGAUUCUGGAUGCCCAGAAGUUUGAUCAACAGCUACAACAAAAGGAAAAACAGGAAAUGAUAGAGGAGUCACUAGAGUCGGCAGGAAAAUCUCGUGAGGCCAAGUUAAAAGAUCGUCAACUUAAACAGCAGCUGAGGGAACAGAGGGCACAACGAGCAAGGGAACGGGUGAAGAAGUUGAAUGACCUUGACCAGGAGUUGGACAUCGAGGUGGAGAAAGACGAAGACUACAAUGCUGAUGAAGUUGACUCCUGGCUUGAUGGUGACAACAACAACAACAACAAUGAUAGUCUACAUUCUGCAGACUCAGACGAGAAAAUUUACAAUGGUCGAUCCAGCCCACAAAAGCAGAUUAAAUCAGAAAAAAGGGGUUUGAACAGGGGCAUCAGUGCUAACACCAUAGACAGUUUUGACAAUGCAUACAAUCGCAAACAACCUGGUGCCUCCCAAAAUGCUGAAAUCAAGGAUGACUUCUUCGAUACAUAACCUAGGUCUUGCUCUAGGGUAUUAGGCUAGGCUUUUGUGUAGAACAUGCUUGAUUUGGUACAUGAUUAUAAUACUUAGCUGAAAGCUCAGGAUAACCUAUAUACGCAUUUACAUGUGAUAAAAAUGCCCGAGUAGAUGUCUUCUUUUUUAAGAGCACAUCAAAAGUAUAUACUUAUUCAGAGAUUAAAAAUGUGAAUUAGUAUUGAAUUAAUUUUACAUAUAUUUUUUAAACCUCACAGUUUUGUUUUGUUAUAUUUUAGUAUUAACAGAAAGUCUCUUAUUUCAAGUGUUAAAUUAAGUAUACCUAUGCAGUCACUAGCUAUUCUCAAUACAUUCUUUAUAUGAUUUUAAAUGACAGAAUGACAUCUGUUUUAAUGAUGACUGAUUAACAGAUCAGGGUUGACUCUCUUAGGGGUAUGGUGUCGGAGGACUUUCAUAAAGUAUUUUUGCCAGAAAAAGGAAGUUUUGAAUUAACUUUUGGAAAAAAAUGAAAUUAAAUGCUAUGAAUUCUAGUGACCACACAUUGCAGGUGAAAAAAUACAUAUGUUUUGGCUAUUUUUGUCUGGUUUUAAGAACAAAUAAUUGUUCUUAACCUGUUCAAUAUAGGGGGUAUUUUUACUCAAAAUUGGACAAAAAAACCCAAACAUUUUACCUUUUAAGGUGGUAAAACAGGGUAGAAUUAUAGCCCAAAAUAAUAAGAAAGACAACCCAGCAGCUGAAAUCUCUGAACUUAGCAAUGGCUCAGAUGAUCUUUAUGCAUAUGAAAUGUAGCCUUGACUCACCAUAUGUGUAGGAAUUUUAGCCAAUCUAUGGGGCCCAUACUUGGUAUGGGCGGACUCCGCGCUUCUUAAUAUACCAUUAGGCCCUUGAAGACAGGAAUUAUUUGUUUCAUGGAGGCAUUGCAUUACACAUUUUGAUAUUAUUGCUUCAUAUACAACAUAGUUUCAGCCAGGAUGCUUGUCAGCAACUCAGUAUUUAGUAUUAUAACAGUGCUCAUAUAAUGAGAGAUUUUUGUGUUCAAACAUGUAGUCAAUAUCUACCUUGAUGUGUUUGUUACAUUAUUAUUAAUGCUUAUUUAUUAUCAAAGGAUAAUAGUCUCAAAUAGAUAUUGGGCUGAUUGUUCAGAACUUUGUUUAAGUUAGCAACCUUAUCAAAGGCAUCAUUGUCAAAUCUAAAGGUGAAUCAUUUUAUGAUGCGCUUCUACCAGUGCAGCUUAAGCAGUUGUUUAAACAUUUGUAAGAUAUUCUGCAGAUUGUAAGACCUUUUAGUGUUUCCAUGAAACUUCCAUAGAAGUAAAAUUUGCUUAUUGGAAAGUUAAUAACAUUGCUACUCAUACAAUGUUCUGGACAAUUGGUCCAUUGUUCCCAUUUCAAUAAAGGAUUUAAUUAUAACCUCGAAAAUCUUAAUCUUAUAGAAACAACAUCAAGAAGGAUUAUCAUAAUGUUCCUUCUUAGAAUUUUGUUAUUAACCUUUACUAGACUGAAUUCAUUUCACAUAAUUAUAAUAGCAAAAAAAUCUAAAAGUAAGUAUGAUUUUGGUAAUUUAUGACUAAACUCUUUAAUGAACUGGGUCUAUUGUUUUAAAUUUUAAGUAUGUAUUGCUGUGUUGGAAGUACAAAAUACAUCAUUUUGGUUAUUAUGUAUGCUAACUAAAUAAUGAUUAUGCAGAAUUUAUUUGUGAUAAACCUUCUUAGCUGGACAAUAUGACAAACAAAUAAGGAGGGCUAAUUACUACCCACCCCAGUGUCAGUGGCCGCAUCCUGUUAAAGUGUAAGGCAUUUUAAAUUAUAACUCUUAUACCCUUCAUUCAAUUCACUUCAAACUUCACAAAGAUGUUCUGGACCAUAAUACAAUUAUGUUACAUAACUCCACAUCAUCCUAAAUACAAAUUAUAGCCCCUGAUUGACUAAGGAACAUAGGUUAAGUUGUGUCUGGUUAAAGUUAUAGGUCAAUGAAGUUUGGAUUUUCACAAAUAACUCCUAUAACCUUCAUUCUAUUGACUUCAUACUUCACACAAUUGUUGACGGCCAUCAUACAGGUUACACAACUCCAUGUAAUAAUAAACACAAAUAAUGGCUCUUGAACGUCUGGUUCAAGUUUUAGGGCAACUUGAGGUUUUAACUCAGAUCUCAAAUACUGUUCAUUCAAUGGACUUCAUAUUUCAAACAGUUGUUCAAGGCCAUCACACGAUUAGGUUACAUAAUUCUAUAUUAACUUAGAUACAAGUUAUGCCUGAUUUUUUAUUUACUUUUUUAUUUGACUUUUUUUCCUUUUCAUUGUUUUUGACAGGCACAUCAUUAAUACAUUCAUCUCUUAGAAAAAGCAGCGUAUAGUCGAGCACACCUCCUCGACACUACGACAGCUCUUACUUAAUCAAUUGUGAUAAUAAAAACGCUAGAACAAAUGGGUAUAUAAUAUAACAUGGCUCUAUCCUUUGUCUUCCAUAAGUUUCACAACUGACUGUCAACCAGUCAGCUGACUGUCAACCAGUCUACAGUUUGAUAUUCUUUUGAUAAUCUGUUACUCUUAAUGAACAAACAACACAUUCUUCGAACUUUGCCAUUUAAGAUGGCUUUUGUCUGCCUUAGAGGUUGUACAAUAAUAUAACUUUUAUGUCUGUCAAUGUUUUACAAGAAAUAUAAAUUGUACAGUAUAUGUAUAUCGCUGCGAUUGCCUCUGCAAUAACAUGACAUGAUUUUCGUUUUUGCUUGUUCUGAUCUUUUAUAACUUACAUACAUGAAAUUUUCACAUACAUGUAUGCAUUUAAGCAUUUGUAUACUUUCUUUUUACCCAAGAUGCACAGCAGCACUGUGAUAUGUUUAAUAUGGAUUUUUAUCACAAAUGUAUGUAUAAAUCUUCACGGUUCAUAGUGAUGUAAGUUGAAAUGUUGUGUGUUCAUUUAAUAUAUUGUGUUAAGUAUAUUAUGUUUAUGUAAACAUUUAUUUUUACAAAAAAAAGUAUUAUUCUGUUCCAGUAUCUAUGAAACUGUUGCCAUAUUUGACACAUUUGUAACAAGAAAAUGUAUUCAAUAUUAGAAAGAUAUUUUUGUGAACAUCAUACAUGAAAAAAUAAGGAUUUAGUUUAACCUAAUUUGUAUAUUUAGAUAUUGUUAUAUAUCAAAUAGUUUCUGGUUUAAGAUAUUUUAGUACCAUGUCUAAUCAACGGACAUACUUCGUGAUGAGGGUGUUGAACUGAUGAUCGAAUCUAUAGGAGGACUGACUAUUUUACGUCUUUAAACAAAGUUUAAACAGGAAGUACAACUUUUUUAUAAUAGUGAGGUUGCAUAAGACUGGUUGUACUCAUACAAGUAAAGGCUGCAGUUUGCUCAUGUACCUGUUUAUGUAUCUACCCGAACAAGUAAAGGCUAGGGAUGGCUUAUGUACCUGUUUAUGUAUCUACCCGUACAAGUAAAGGCUGCAGUUGGCUCAUGUACUUGUUUAUGUAUCUAACCGUACAAGUAAAGGCUAGGGAUGGCUUAUGUACCUGUUUAUGUAUCUACCCGUACAAGUAAAGGCUAGGGAUGGCUUAUGUACCUGUUUAUGUAUCUACCCGUACAAGUAAAGCCUGCAGUUGGCUCAUGUACCUGUAUAUGUAUGUACCCGUAUAAGUAAAGCCUGCAUUAGACUCAUGUACCUGUAUACGUAACUACCCAUACAAGUAAAGGCUGCAGUUUGCUCACGUACCUGUUUAUGUAUGUACCCGUACAAGUUAAGGCUGCAGUUUGCUCAAAUCUUUUUCACGUGUGCUGAUAGGUUCACCAACUCAUGCAAAAAAUUUGACUUGUGAUCUGGCUAACAUAAUGAUCUUAAGCUAUAAACUUGAACAAAUUAAACAUUCACAGAUGACAUGUAAAAGUAGUUUGCAUACAAGCAAUGUUUUGUAAGCAAUAGGCACCCACAACCCGAGUUAUUGAGAUUAUUUCAAACACGAAGGCUGUGGUUGACGUAACUGUUUUGUCUUAAGUUGUCUAGGAUAAUGUUCAAUAAGCAGGGAUCGUUAUAAGUGAACAGCGAUUUAAUUUAUCCACAUGGUAGUUAUAGAACAGUUAAACCAAUUAUACUAGUAACCAUUCCGAUAUCAGAGUUUAUAUUUAGAGGAAAACAAGAAAUCAUUCCAAAAUCUCCUAACUAAUGUUUAAUUCUCGUAUGCAGUAUGUGAAAUAAGUAAGUAAGCUUGUCACUUUUGUAUAGGGUGGAAACAGUAUUACCAAAUGUAUAUUGUAUUUUUUUAUAGGGGUAACCAGUUUUUUAACUGUUUGUGUUUUGUGAUCAAAGUGUUUGGUUUAUGAUGUUGCCAUUUUUAAUCUUGCUUGUUUUUUUAUUUGUUUACUUGUAGAUGUUCCUAUAGAGCUAUGUGUAUCACACUUCCUAUAUGUGUUUAGAUAGGCUUUUUCAUAAAUUCUAUAUUUACUGAGAUCAUUUGUUUUCAUUGUUAUAUAAAAUGAAACAAUCAUUACUGUUUAUAAAUACUUUUACUUGAUAUUGUACCAAUCUAAAGAACAAUGAAAGCACUGUUUAAAUGCCUAUCACCUGUAAAUUGUGUAUCCUUGUUUAAUGAAACUGUUGUUUUGGUCUCAAUUUUUUUUUUAUUCCUGUAGUUUAGGAUUCUUUUAUUGUCAGGGGUUAAAUAUGCAUAAAGCAUAUGACACUUCUAGGUAUAAUCUUAUUCAGAAUUUUAUUUUUUCCAUAAAUGAAUUAUAACAAUGUUGUUGUUCUAAACCUGUUUAUUUGUGUAGAUGAUGGCAUAUGUUGGCAAUCAGUGAGAGAAAUAUGUACUUUCGGUUGCACAUUAAGCCGAUUGCUAUUUCCGAAAUCCUGUGUAGAACUUUCAGUCCAAUCAGCACCUUUAAUGUGAUGAUGCUGUUUGUGGAUAAUGCUCGUCAUCUUUCAUGAACAAUUGAAAUAUAUUAUGACUGACCCGUUACAUAUUUGUUAUGUUACUUUCAGUGCUGUUUUGAACAUGUGUUUUUUUUAAUUUACAUAUUAAAUUUGGUUAAGUAGAUAUCAAAUGGUACUUUAAAUGCUGACAAAUAGCUAUUAAUAAUUGUAAAACUUAAUUCUGAAUACUAUUAUCACUGUAAGUCUCUGAAAUAUUUAGACAUGGAAGAAGUAGUAACUGUGUUAAUUCAUUUGAUAUUUUAUACUUGUUACGGUAAAUAAAAGA